UUGGAGAAAACAAUCAGAUAUGGAUGCAUAGCAUGUUGAGGCGAUUGGGCAGAGAAAUCGUUUGUUGGGAGAGUCUUACUGAUCCAGGAAGGCGAAGUAGAUUAUUUAAUCAUGAAAUAGCUCUCGAUACGAUAAAGCGGAAAAAGGGAACAGAAAAGGUUGAGGCACUCUGCCUUAACUUUCAGUGCCAUACUUCGGACAAACUUACUCCAGAAGAUUUUGAGAGCAUGGCAAACCUACGGUUUCUUCAAUUGGAUCAUGCAGACAUUGCUGGAGAUUUCGCUAAAGUUUUUCUAAAUUUAAGGUGGCUCCGUUGGCGAGGGUGCCCUCAACAUCUGCAAGUAACUAAUUUUCACUUGGGAAACUUAACCAUUCUCGACCUGUCAUGGAGCAAAGUCACAAAAGACUGGGAAGGCUGGGAUCAAAUAGAGAUGAAGAACCUGAGAGUUCUAGAUCUUACAGGUUGUGCCGACUUAUUAGUCACUCCUAAGUUCUCUGGCUACAAAAAUCUCGCUAUAUUGAUUCUAGAGCGAUGUACACAAUUGGUGAAGAUAGAUCAUUCCAUCAGUGAUUUGAAGUGUUUGGUCUCCCUGAAUUUGAAGUUCUGCAUAGAGCUCAGCAGGUUGCCGGUAGAAGUGGGUCACCUAACAGCUUUGAAAGAGCUCCUCAUUGACGGGACUUCAGUACAAGACAUUCCCAUCUCCAUUGGUCAUUUAAAGCAGCUGGAAACUCUGACUGCCUCAAACUGCUUCUCAUUGAGUCAACUACCCAGAACAAUAUGUCACAUGACAAAUAUCAUACUUCUUUCCCUGGAUGGCUCCAGGAUUGCAGCACUUCCUGAUUCCAUUGGAGAACUAGUCCAUCUUAAACACUUGUCAUUAAGGGAUUGCCGUCGACUAAGAAAACUUCCAAGCUCCAUUGGCAACAUAGGAAGAUCAUUAGUCGAGUUAGACAUGUCAGGGACAAGGUUGUCCAAGUUUCCAGAUUCGAUAAAAAAUCUGCAGAAUUUGAAGGUGCUGAGAAUGGAUUCUUGUUUCUUUACUGAGUUCCCUCCUGAUAUUGGAGAGCUGACCAGCCUCAAAGAGAUACACGCCUCCUGGUGUCGAAGUAUCGAGGGGGCCAUUCCUAACAACAUCACGAAACUGCAUAAUCUGAGAAUCUUGAGGCUGCGACAUUUGAGAAUUUCGAGCAUACCGACAGAGAUCCACCAACUUUCCAAACUUCAAAUCCUCGAUUUACUUCACUGCAACAUGAUCAAAGAGUUGCCCAGACUUCCCUCUAGCAUAACGGUUUUGUAUGUAGAGGAUGAACUUAAGUCAUCGCAUCUGCCAUAGCUAGGAAAGCUAUGACAAUGUGAUGAAGACUGGGCUCCAAAGACCAUGGAGGAAUGAUGACCUUUCCAUUUACUUCAUGUUUUCAUUCCAAAUUUGAAUAUGAAUAUCACCAAGAACUUUAUGCGUAUGUAUUAUACCAUAUUCAACUAUUACAGAAACUAAGAGACGCACAAUUAAUAA